AUGAAGGAGUUGUCUGUCUCUAAUAAGAAGCUGGUCCAACAAACUAGGAAGACGGUCAGCACCCCACCAAAGAUUCCUAAUCAAGGGAAACCUAGUGGAAGUAAUCCAUCACCCAAUAAUGAGACUGACAAGCUUAGAAUGGACAGGGUACAAGGGAAAGAUGCUAAAACUGGGCAUCAAUCCAAAAUGAAGAUGAGCAAUUCAUCCACUGAGGCAAGUGGCUCGUCUAACCAAAGGAAAGAUAUCCCAGAAAAUGGAUGUAACCUACCCAGGAAGAUUGAUUUCAGCUCUACACUGGGGAAAGGGUUGAUGGUGCCAGAGAAUGCACAACACUCGACUGCCUCAACAACUGAGCAAGCAGAUAGUGAUGAGACGGCCAUGGCCGUCGAUAAAGGAGCUUAA